AUGGAGGUGGAUAGUCGGGAGCGACCCUUCCUUGUCGACAAGCGGAUGGUCACCCAGAUGUUGGCGGCCUAUUUGGAGCAGCGGGAUCAUCCGGGGCCGCAGCAGGAGAUUAUGGCGAAGAUGGCCGAUUUGCUGGGCUUCAGUACCAGCGAGCGAGAGCAGGUCGGCCUCUCCCAGAAACGGAAGGGCCCGAUCGCUUCGGAAGAGCCUGCGAACCUCGCCGACUUGACCGAUCGAUUCGUGGAUUUCUUGAUGGAGGAACCGAGUCCGAAGCGGGCUGAGAGAGGCACAGUCGCAGAUUUCUGGGCACAGAACCUUUUGGCUUUCGUGCCGGCAUCUUCCGCAUGGGAGAUGUACAAUGCGCAAUGCAAGGCUUUGUUUGAUUUGCCAAGCCUUAGGCGUUCUGAUUCUGCGGAUGCGCAAAUCAACUGCCAGAGAGUGGGUGCCUUCGAGUCCUUGCUAAAGCCUGGAGGCCCCGAGCUUUCAGUGGAUGAGAGGCGAACACUGGAAACGGCUUGCCGUGUGCACCAGCUUUCCAGUGUGGUGCCUGGCUGGCCCGGCUGCAGGGAGGUUUGGUUCAAGAAGAGAACAUCCUGA